AUCCUCUCUGCCCUCCCCUCACCCGUCUCUCUUCAUCCUCUCCUGCCCUCCCCAACCCGUCUCUCUUCAUCCUCUCUGCCCCUCCCCAACCCGUCUCUCUUCAUCCUCUCUGCCCUCCCCUCACCCGUCUCUCUUCAUCCUCUCUGCCCUCCCCUCACCCGUCUCUCUUCAUCCUCUCUGCCCUCCCCAACCCGUCUCUCUUCAUCCUCUCUGCCCCUCCUCUCCUCUCCAGUUGUCUGCCUCCAGCUGAUGCUGAUGUAUUGGCAGCUUCAUCAUUCCACCCCGCUGAGUUUGGUAUCAGGAUAUGUGUUACUUUGUCUGUGAGUGUAUGUCGUGUCCACAAGUGUGUGUUGUGUGUGUGUUAUUGGGUGUAUGUGUGUGUGGCUGCUCUGUGUGUUCUUCCUAGUUACUCAUUUCUAUUUUUGUUCCAUUGAUAUUUUGUCCAACUCCCCGCCCCUCUGUGGAAGGGUUAGGAGGGUUAGUUAUAGCGAUGUUCUCCUCGUCCUCCAAACCCUCUCUCUUUUCCUACUGGACGUCCAUGGAGCAAACAGACUCUGAAGUGCUGGACAUUAGCACCAAGGUGCAGCUGCAUGGGGUGCUCUGGAAGAGGCCCUUCGGACGGUCCUCCGCCAAGUGGUCCCGCAGAUUCUUCAUCAUCAAAGACAGUUUCCUGCUCUACUAUGCAGAGAAUGAGAAGAGAAGCUUUGAGACCAACAAAUACUUUAACAUCCACCCCAAGGGUGUGAUCCCCUUAGGAGGCUGUGUUGUGGAUCCGAAGGAAGACCAGGGCAUGCCAUUCGCCAUGGUUAUAAAUCAUGACGACUUCACUGGUAACAUUGUCCUGGCUGCAGAGAAUGAGGCAGAACAAAACCAGUGGCUGGAGAUGCUGCAGGAGUCUGGCAGAGUCACCUGGAAGAACGCCCAACUGGGAGAAGCCAUGAUAGAGAGCCUGGAAGCCCAGGGACUGCAGCUGGCCAAGGAGAAGCAAGAGUACCUGGAUAAGCUGAUGGAGGAGACCGAAGAACUGAGCCUGCAGAGAGAGCAGAAGGAGCAUCUCGAACGUCUGAACCUGGUUCUGGAGGAGGAGAAGCAGAAGUUUGAGGAGCUGGUGACGGAGCUUAGAGCAGAGCAGGAUCAGAUCAAACUGGACUUGGACGGCACGGCACAGUCUCUGAAAGGUGUGGAGUCUGAAAAAGAGGUGCUGAACAGUUUAACAACACUUCUACAGAAAUCUAUUGAGGAGCUGUCCCAUGAGAAGCAGCGAACCCUGGAGUUGCUGAGGGAGAAGGACCUUGAGCAAGGAACUGAGCAUCCAGAGGAGGAGGUGCAGCCUGGUGACACGGGACUGCGAUCGGAGCUGAGACACAUUGAAGAGCAGAUGAGGAAACUGCAGAGAGAGAAGGAGCAGGCGGAGGAGAGACUAACGGAGAAUGAGCAGCGUACCACAGUUCUGCAACAGGAGAGCGAGUUCUACUCCUGCCAGUCCAGGACUCUACAGCAGUCCCUCACACAGCUCACUGUGGACAAGAAGCAGACUGAGGUGGAACUCAAGGCGGAGAUUGAGUCUCGUAUGGAGCUGGAGCGGAGGCUGAAGCAGGCCGAGGAGGCUCUACAGAACCUGGAGAAAGGUCUGAGCUCUCUGGAACGCUCCAAAGAGAAGGAUGACAAGAUGAAGGGUGACGUCAACAACCUCAGGAAGUUCUUUGAGGAGUGUAUCUGUGCUGCAGAGAUCGAGGCCAAGCUCCCUUCUAUAAUGAAGAAUGCCGUGUAUCUCCACAAGGCUACAGCACGACGCAUUAAGAGCUGCCGUAUCCAGAGACGAGCCUCCAAACACCACUGGUUGAAACACUCCCAGUCAUUCGUGGUUUCCCGUGGCGACAGCGCCAGCAUAGAGGACCUGAGGGAGACUGCCCGACGACUGACCUCCGACAGCUGCUUCAGGAAGAGCGUCUACAAGAUCAUAACACGCCACGACCAGGAGGCCUCCGCCAAGAAAGAUGACUGACAGAGAGAUAGGGAGGGAUGGACUGCGGGAGGGGGUGUGUGUGUGUGUCUGUGUGUGUGAGAGAGAGUGAGACUGAUUCCUCAGUGUAAUAGUGUCAAGUCCUGUCGUCUGCUCCCACGGUGUUGUAGCUGGGUCGGGACUAUCUUUAUGAUGUCACGUCCUGUUAUCUGCUCCCACGGUGUUGUAGCUGGGUCGGGACUAUCUUUAUGAUGUCACGUCCUGUCGUCUGCUCCCACGGUGUUGUAGCUGGAUCGGGACUAUCUUUAGGAUGUCAUGUCCUGUCGUCUGCUCCCACGGUGUUGUAGCUGGGUCGGGACUAUCUUUAUGAUGUCAUGUCCUGUCAUCUUCUCCCACGGUGUUGUAGCUGGGUCGGGACUAUCUUUAGGAUGUCAAGUCCUGUCGUCUGCUCCCACGGUGUUGUAGCUUGGUCGGGACUAUCUUUAGGAUGUCAUGUCCUGUCGUCUGCUCCCACGGUGUUGUAGCUAGAUCGGGACUAUCUUUAGGAUGUCAAGUCCUGUCAUCUUCUCCCACGGUGUUGUAGCUGGGUCGGGACUAUCUUUAGGAUGUCAAGUCCUGUCGUUGCUCCCACUGUGUUGUAGCUGGGUCGGGACUAUUUUUAGGAUGUCAAGUCCUGUCGUCUGCUCCCACGGUGUUGUAGCUGGGUCGGGGACUAUCUUUAGGAUGUCAAGUCCUGUCGUCUGCUCCCACGGUGUUGUAGCUGGGUCGGGACUAUCUUUAGGAUGUCAAGUCCUGUCGUUGCUCCCACUGUGUUGUAGCUGGGUCGGGACUACCUUUAGGAUGUCAUGUCCUGUCGUCUGCUCCCACGGUGUUGUAGCUGGGUCGGGACUAUCUUUAGGAUGUCAAGUCCUGUCAUCUUCUCCCACGGUGUUGUAGCUGGGUCGGGACUAUCUUUAUGAUGUCAAGUCUUGUCGUCUGCUCCCACGGUGUUGUAGCUGGGUCGGGACUAUCUUUAUGAUGUCACGUCCUGUCGUCUGCUCCCACGGUGUUGUAGCUGGGUCGGGACUAUCUUUAUGAUGUCACGUCCUGUCGUCUGCUCCCACGGUGUUGUAGCUGGAUCGGGAUUAUCUUUAUGAUGUCAAAUCAAAUCAAAUUUUAUUUGUCACAUACACAUGCUUAGCAGAUGUUAAUGCGAGUGUAGCGAAAUGCUUGUGCUUCUAGUUCCGACAAUGCAGUAAUAACCAACAAGUAAUCUAACCUAACAAUUCCACAACUACUACCUUAUACACACAAGUGUAAAGGGAUAAAGAAUAUGUACAUAAAGAUAUAUGAAUGAGUGAUGGUACAGAACGGCAUAGGCAAGAUGCAGUAGAUGAUAUAGAGUACAGUAUAUACAUAUACAUAUGAGAUGAGUAAUGUAGGGUAUGUAAACAUUAUAUUAAGUGGCAUUGUUUAAAGUGGCUAGUGGUACAUUUUUACAUAAUUUCCAUCAAUUCCCAUUAUUAAAGUGGCUGGAGUCAGUAUGUUGGCAGCGGCCGCUAAAUGUUAGUGGUGGCUGUUUAACAGUCUGAUGGCCUUGAGAUAGAAGCUGUUUUUCAGUCUCUCGGUCCCUGCUUUGAUGCACCUGUACUGACCUCGCCUUCUGGAUGAUAGCAGGGUGAACAGGCAGUGGCUUGGGUGGUUGUUGUCCUUGAUGAUCUUUAUGGCCUUCCUGUGACAUCGGGUGGUGUAGGUGUCCUGGAGGGCAGGUAGUUUGCCCCCUGGGUUGUGCAGACCUCACUACCCUCUAGAGAGCCUUACGGUUGUGGGCGGAGCAGUUGCCGUACCAGGCGGUGAUACAGCCCGACAGGAUGCUCUCGAUUGUGCAUCUGUAGAAGUUUGUGAGUGCUUUUGGUGACAAGCCGAAUUUCUUCAGCCUCCUGAGGUUGAAGAGGCGCUGCUGUGCCUUCUUCACAACACUGUCUGUGUGGGUGGACCAAUUCAGUUUGUCAGUGAUGUGUACACCGAGGAACUUAAAACUUUCCACCUUCUCCACUACUGACCCGUCGAUGUGGAUAGGGGGGUGCUCCCUCUGCUGUUUCCUGAAGUCCACAAUCAUCUCCUUUGUUUUGUUGACGUUGAGUGUGAGGUUAUUUUCCUGACACCACACUCCGAGGGCCCUCACCUCCUCCCUGUAGGCCGUCUCGUCGUUGUUGGUAAUCAAGCCUACCACUGUAGUGUCAUCCGCAAACUUGAUGAUUGAGUUGGAGGCGUGCAUGGCCACGCAGUCGUGGGUGAACAGGGAGUACAGGAGAGGGCUCAGAACGCACCCUUGUGGGGCCCCAGUGUUGAGGAUCAGCGGGGUGGAGAUGUUGUUACCUACCCUCACCACCUGGGGGCGGCCCGUCAGGAAGUCCAGGACCCAGUUGCACAGGGCGGGGUCGAGACCCAGGGUCUCGAGCUUGAUGACGAGUUUGGAGGGUACUAUGGUGUUAAAUGCUGAGCUGUAGACGAUGAACAGCAUUCUCACAUAGGUAUUCCUCUUGUCCAGAUGGGUUAGGGCAGUGUGCAGUGUGGUUGCGAUUGCGUCGUCUGUGGACCUAUUGGGUCGGUAAGCAAAUUGGAGUGGGUCUAGGGUGUCCGGUAGGGUGGAGGUGAUAUGAUCCUUGACUAGUCUAUCAAAGCACUUCAUGAUGACGGAAGUGAGUGCUACGGGGCGGUAGUCGUUUAGCUCAGUUACCUUAGCUUUUUGGGAACAGGAACAUUGGUUGCCCUCUUGAAGCAUGUGGGAACAGCAGACUGGGAUAAGGAUUGAUUGAAUAUGUCCGUAAACACACCAGCCAGCUGGUCUGCGCAUGCUCUGAGGACGCGGCUGGGAAUGCCGUCUGGGCCUGCAGCGUUGCGAGGGUUAACACGUUUAAAUGUUUUACUCACCUCGGCUGCAGUGAAGGAGAGCCCGCAGGUUUUGGUAGCGGGCCGUGUCAAUGGCACUGUAUUGUCCUUAAAGCGAGCAAAAAAGUUAUUAAGCCUGUCUGGGAGCAAGACAUCCUGGUCCGCGACGGGGCUGGUUUUCUUUUUGUAAUCCGUGAUUGACUGUAGACCCUGCCACAUACCUCUUGUGUCUGAGCUGUUGAAUUGCGACUCAAUUUUGUCUCUGUACUGGGACUUAGCUAGUUUGAUUGCCUUGCGGAGAGAAUAGCUACACAAUAGCUAUCUUUAUGAUGUCAUGUCCUGUCGUCUGCUCCCACGGUGUUGUAGCUGGAUCGGGACUAUCUUUAUGAUGUCAUGUCCUGUCAUCUGCUCCCAAGGUGUUGUAGCUGGGACGGGACUAUCUUUAGGAUGUCCUGUCGUCUGCUCCCACGGUGUUGUAGCUGGGUCGGGACUAUCUUUAGGAUGUCAAGUCCUGUCGUCUGGACGAUCUUUAUGAUGUCAUGUCCUGUCGUCUGGACGAUCUUUAUGAUGUCAUGUCCUGUCGUCUGGACGAUCUUUAUGAUGUCAUGUCCUGUCGUCUGGACGAUCUUUAUGAUGUCAUGUCCUGUCGUCUGGACGAUCUUUAUGAUGUCAUCUCUACAACAGCCUGGUUGUGUUCAAACUGCAUUACAAGACUUUUAUUAAAAAUACUUUUAUUCAAACAAAAUUAAUGGUUAUUGCAAAAGGUAUAGCAGCUCUCUUUACUGUCCUACAGCUUCGAGGACGGUUGGAAAAAUAAUGGAUAUAGUUAUUGAACCAACACGAUAUGCCACUGUGAGGGUUUAUUAAAGUACGGUACAGGCAGAAGCCUUAAACCUGACCCUGUGUAACACCAAAGAUGUACUCUUUAAAAUAGGAAUGCAAUUGUAAAGCCACCAUAUAGCCAACAUAUUAAAAUGUGACUUUUAUUUUUCUCGUCUUUGCUUGUUGAUUGUAUUUACACAGAUGGCUUUUGGUUAAUUUACUGUUGUUUAUUUGCAGGUUGAUGAAACUGAUCCAUAUGAUGUGUAUGUUUUUAUCUGAUAUGAAACCAGGUUAGACAGGUCCCAGAUCUGUUUGCGACGUCUUCCUUGACAUUGACCAUAGCAGUUGGCAAGACAGCACAAACAGAUCUGUGACCAGGCUAGGUAAUGACCAUAGGAGUUGGCAAGACAGCACAAACAGAUCUGGGACCAGGUGUAAUGCUCCUAUCAUCUGUAUAAUCUGUUCUCGACCAGAAAACCUCAUCAGAUUCACUAUAAACAACAUCUCACUGGAAAUUAUAGAAAUUAACCAAUAUAACUCAACACGUGGCCCUGUGGAAAAGACUAACCAAUAUAACUCAACACUUGGCCCUGUGGAAAAGACUAACCAAUAUAACUCAACACUUGGCCCUGUGGAAAAGACUAACCAAUAUAACUCAACACCUGACCCUGUGGAAAAGACUAACCAAUAUAACUCAACACUUGGCCCUGUGGAAAAGACUAACCAAUAUAACUCAACACGUGACCCUGUGGAAAAGACUAACCAAUAUAACUCAACACGUGGCCCUGUGGAAAAGACUAACCAAUAUAACUCAACACUUGGCCCUGUGGAAAAGAUUAACCAAUAUAACUCAACACGUGGCCCUGUGGAAAAGACUAACCAAUAUAACUCAACACUUGGCCCUGUGGAAAAGACUAACCAAUAUAACUCAACACGUGACCCUGUGGAAAAGACUAACCAAUAUAACUCAACACGUGACCCUGUGGAAAAGACUAACCAAUAUAACUCAACACUUGGCCCUGUGGAAAAGACUAACCAACCUAACUCAACACUUGGCCCUGUGGAAAUAUACAUUUUGAACCUACUAUUGUUACUACUAUUGUUGUAGUAAUGAAACGAAAUGCCUUGUUGUUGUUAUUAAAGCUGUGUUAAGCCUU